UGUUGCAGAGGUCUUCCAGCUGGUCUGGUUCAAGGGACGGGGCCACCAUCCGGGGAUACAAUAGCACUUUAAUUUUUUUGUUUUUAAGGAUGUCUUGCAAUCAGUCUCUGGACGGUAGUUUUCCUCCAUCUCCAUCGGAGGACAGGGGCUCACAGCGGCUGUCCUGGAGCAGUUUGCUUCACAAGCUGACAGAGCUGAAGGGCCACAAUCAGAGGGUGACAGACAAUCAGUACUGCAGGAGUGAAUCUGGAUCUAUGACAGAUCUGUCAGAGUUAGACAUCAGCUCCUUCUUCUAUCCUCUGGAGGAGACCUUGGCUGCAGACGUUGUGACUGCCAUUGCACAUAGUCUCAGUGAUGCAUCGCACACCAGCUUGGAUUGCUCCAAACUCAUGCUCCCUGACUGCCUGCUACACAAUAUCAGCCAAGAGCUGCUCCACUUGGCCGCGAUAGAGCCUUGUGGUCUCAGGGGAGCACUCAUCGACCUGUGCGUUGACAUGGGGGAACAGGACUCCCCAUGUACUGUGGAUCAAAUAGCAGUAGAUCCAUCCCUUGUCCCAACUUUCCAUGUGACACUGGUGAUGAGGGUGGAGUCCAGUGGACUGUGGCCAAAAGUUCAGAAGCUCUUCAAAAGUAGCAAACCAGCACAGACAUCCUCACCGUCUCCAAAGCACCACAACACCCUGAAGCUGAGCACGAGUUUCAGGGCUAUCAAGAGGAAACUGUACAGUUCAGCCGCACUGCUGGUUGAGGAGUGCUGAUCGCUGAGCACUCCUGUCUCCGAUAAGCUGAACUCUAAAGAAACUGUAACGAAGCUGCUAAUUAAUGCAAAGUCUUAACAAAAGCACUGUCGAGACAUAACAAUGAUGACCUGUCUGUGAUGAUGUAUGACGGGGUUAAUACUGAACUACCUUUGUCUCAUAGCAGCUACUCAUGUGGGUGCAGUGAAGAUUAGUGUUUGCACAUGGGUCAGUUUCAUUCCUGUGAAUGUGAAGCCACACCUAUAAGGGAAUGCCUUAUGUAUGUGACAUUUAAAUAUACCAACGGACACUCGUUUUGUAUUUUUUUUUUUAACAUGA